AGCUCGCAGGAAAACUUUGCGCACGCAGAUGACGCAAACACCUCUGGGUCGGAUAGAAACACAGAAGCAUUUACAGCCAUCAGAAAAAGUUUUCACAGCAUAACCAUGAACUGGAACAAAGGUGGUCCAGGUGUGAAGCGAGGUUUUGGCUUUGGAGGUUUUUCCCUCGCAGGGAAGAAAGAGGAGCCUCAUAGUCCUCAGAAAUCUCACACAUCAUUUGGAGCUCCAGGGUCAAGUAGUGGAUAUGGAAAGGGCCAGCAGCUCCCAUCAUUCUAUAAAAUAGGGACAAAAAGAGCUAAUUUUGAUGAAGAAAAUGCGUAUUUUGAGGAUGAUGAAGAGGAGUCCGGCAGCAACAUGGAUCUUCCAUACAUUCCAGCUGAGAACUCCCCCACAAGGCAGCAGAUGCAGUCGGGUGGUGGCUCAGAUAGUGAAGAUGACCCACUGGAUGCUUUCAUGGCAGAAGUUGAGAAUCAAGCAGCUAAAGACAUGAAGAAACUAGAAGAGAAGGAAAAGGAGAAAAAGUCAGCCAAGGGUAUUCGUGAUGACAUUGAAGAGGAGGAUGAACAAGAAGCCUACUUCCGCUACAUGGCAGAAAACCCGACAGCUGGGCUAACCCAAGAAGAAGAGGAGGAGAACAUUGACUAUGACAGUGAUGGCAACCCAAUUCCGUCCACCACCAAGAAAAUCAUCAUGCCACUUCCCCCUAUUGACCACUCAGAGAUUGAUUAUUUUCCUUUUGAGAAAAACUUUUACAAUGAGCACGAGGAGCUUAGCAACCUCACUGGAAUUCAAGUGCUGGAGUUGAGGCAGAAACUGAAUUUGCGAGUAUCUGGUGCUGCUCCUCCAAAACCUAGUACCAGUUUUGCACACUUCAGUUUCGAUGAGCAGCUGAUGCAUCAAAUUCGAAAGUCUGAGUACACUCAGCCCACACCAAUUCAGUGCCAGGGUGUCCCAAUUGCUUUGUCUGGACGUGACAUGAUUGGCAUUGCAAAAACUGGCAGUGGCAAAACUGCAGCUUUUAUUUGGCCAAUGCUGGUUCAUAUCAUGGAUCAAAAGGAGCUGGAAGCUGGGGAAGGACCCAUUGCAGUUAUUGUGUGUCCCACCAGAGAGCUUUGUCAGCAGAUCCAUGCAGAAUGUAAGCGUUUUGGGAAAGCCUACUCAUUGCGCUCUGUGGCUGUUUAUGGAGGAGGUAGCAUGUGGGAGCAGGCCAAAGCUCUGCAGGAGGGAGCAGAGAUUGUGGUGUGCACUCCAGGUCGUCUCAUUGAUCAUGUGAAAAAGAAGGCCACGUCCCUGCAGAGGGUGACAUACCUUGUGUUUGAUGAGGCCGACCGCAUGUUUGAUAUGGGCUUUGAAUAUCAGGUCAGAUCGAUUGCAAGUCACGUUCGUCCUGACAGGCAGACUCUUUUGUUCAGCGCCACUUUUCGAAAGAAGAUUGAGAGGUUGGCAAGAGACAUUUUGGUUGAUCCUAUUCGUGUGGUUCAGGGAGACAUUGGAGAGGCCAAUGAGGACGUGACUCAGAUGGUGGAGCUGCUACCCAGUGGGACAGAUAAAUGGGGCUGGCUGACCCGGCGGCUGGUUGAGUUCACCUCCACUGGCUCAGUCCUCAUUUUUGUCACCAAGAAGGCUAACUCCGAAGAGCUGGCAACUAACUUAAUGCAAGAGGGCUACAGCCUGGGCCUCUUGCAUGGAGACAUGGACCAGAGUGAGAGGAACAAAGUCAUCAGUGACUUCAAGAAGAAGAACUUGCCAAUUCUCGUGGCCACUGAUGUAGCUGCCCGUGGUCUCGACAUCCCAUCUAUUCGCACAGUAGUGAACUACGAUGUGGCCCGGGACAUUGACACACACACUCACAGGAUAGGUCGAACCGGUCGUGCUGGAGAGAAAGGUUUGGCCUUCACCCUCCUCACCAACAAAGACACCACAUUUGCUGGAGACCUGGUGCGAAAUUUGGAGGGCGCGAAUCAAGCUGUUUCAAAAGAACUAAUGGAUUUAGCCAUGCAGAAUCCCUGGUUCAGGAAAUCAAGAUUCAAAGGUGGUAAAGGGAAGAAGCUGAACAUUGGUGGAGGUGGUCUUGGUUACAAAGAAAGACCAGGCCUGGGAGCUGAAAGCUCAGACCGUAGCAGCAGCAGCAGCUUGUUGUCUUCCUCUAGUAGCUAUGAAGGCUAUACAAAGCCAGCUACUGGGGCAAUGGGGGAUCGUAUGUCUGCAUUGAAACAAGCCUUCCAGGCUCAGUAUAAAAGUCACUUUGUGGCUGCAACCAGUGGCCCUCCAAAGCUCAGCACCAAGUCUAGCAGUUCAUCUGGCUGGACAAGUGCUGGCAGCCUGAACUCUGUUCCAACAGAGGCUGCCAAUGGCUCAGAACGGUCGCACAUGGCCAGCUUUUCAAUGGCUGGUUUUACCAGUGCUGGCUCCCUGAGCUCAGUGCCCGCCACUCAGAGCAGUUCACAGCACAUCAGCCCUCCACCUGCUCCUCCCUCACAGAAAGAGAGCUCACGGGACAGACAUGGGGAGGACAGGGGACGCCACGAAGACAGUCACCAUCGUCACAGUGAUAGAAGUGAUCGGUACAGUGGUGAAGACCGCUAUGGAGACCGGGAUCGCCAUGGAGACAGAGAUCGUGACCGCCAUGGAGACCGGGAUCGCCACAGCAGCAGCCGUAGCAGUGAUAGUCGUAAUGGUGACGGAAGCAGGAGGGACAGAGAAGACAGGAGGAGUGAUAGGGAUGGGGGAGACAGGGGGAGUGGAGAAGGGAGGGACAGAAGAGAUGAUAGCUUUGCUGUCCCCAACCCACCAAAACGUAGAAAAAGCAGAUGGGACAACUAAUGAAAAGGUCAUAACAUCCUAUAAAAUAAUACAUGCAACCCACUUACUGUUCUAUAACAAGAUUAUCUCUACAGGCAGAUAGCAGCGCAUAUUGGAGGCUGACACAAGCACAGACCUGUCACGGGAGGGGGAAUUUAGUUUAUUUUGAAAGUGUAUUGACGGUCCUCUCAGGUUUGUUAGGAUCUUGUGAUGUCAGAAUUUAUCUGAUUUUGUUUAGCACAGACAGUUCAAAGAGAGCCAUUGUACAUAUACCAUUAAUACUGAUGUUAUUGUAGGUUUAAUCAAGCAGUAGUGCUAUAAUAAACCUUUCUGUGAGAAAAAAAACAACAAAACAAAACCGUCUAAGAUGUGGUGGUGUUUAUUCUUUCUGAGCUCUUAACCUGCCCUUUUACUUGCAAAGCUGAUUCUCAUCUUUUCCCCAUUGGUUUUGCCAAGUGUGUUUAUAUGUCUGCAUUUUGUUGAUCUACAACUCUAACAAUUCAUUUUUGAAGGGCAAUCUGUCAUGAUUCAAAUUAUACAUACAUGUAAAAACGCCUGUGUAGCUCUCUUGUGUCUUGUGUUGAAGUUUUAGUAAAGUGCCUUUUCAUGGCAUGUAGUCCACGCUCUCAAGUGUUUACCAAGAAACUUUUGCUUGAGCAGGUUUUCAGGUGUUCAUUAGCACAUGGAAAAAGGUUUUGAUUAAAAAGAGUCCUUUGAUAUCUUC